AUGGUGCUCACAGGCAUCUUCAUUACACUCCUCCCCCUUCUGGCAGAGUCCACUCGAUGCAGCUACGCACCGGGUGAUGCCUGCUUGGAUGGCGGGAUACUGGUACGGGAUGAGCCCGCCUUCGAAUGCUCCUUCUCCACAGGAACAACCACAUCUACGACAUCGUCUCUGACCACUCGCACAGAAACCUCCACCACACAGACGAGGUCCACGACGCUCACGGGAUAUUUUGAUUGCGCCGCCGCCUAUGACAACCGGGAGCGCGCAUGGUCCGACGCAAAGAAAGUUUGGUGCUGUCGCAGACGUCAACUGGGUUGCCCCACCACCACCUCACACACAGUCACAACAUCCUCCAUGACUACGUCAACAGAUACCUCCGUCACCAGCACAUCAUCCACGUCGACAGGCACGAGAACCACAACCACCGAGGUCACGGUGACCCAUUUUGCGUUUGACUGUAGUGUCGCUCUCAACAACUGGGAGAAGGAAUGGUCUGAGAUGAAGAAAGCAUGGUGCUGCCACAGAGAACAGGUGGGCUGCCCAGCUUCCACCAGAACCACCUCCACUUUCAGCACCAAGACCUCAACAUCGCAGUCCGCCACAGCGACUUCCACCUCAGCCACCACAACUACGACCAGCUGGUUCUUCAAUUGCAGUGCAGGCUACGACUUGUGGGUGGAAGGCUGGUCCGAUGAGAAGAAAGUUUGGUGCUGUCAAAGAGAGAGGUUGGGCUGCCCCUUCACCACGCUCUCCACGAGCACCCGGACGUGGACAUCAGCGACCGUCAGCACAAGUACCGCCACCACCCAGACUGCAACAUCCAGCACCCUUACGACAAGAACAACCUCCACUUCAGUCAUCACAAGCACAACGAGCAGCUCUUCUAGAACAACUACUGGCACAUCAACAUCCAGCACCUCGUCCUCAUCCAUCAGCUUGACGACGACGUCGACAAUCAGCACCACAACAACCACAACUUUCCUGUGUCGGAGAGUUUUGGCUGGUGUGCCUUUGGUGGAUGGCGCCUGCGGAGAGACUUUGCAGGACCUCUGCUUGGCCAGCAGCGGGCACGUGCCCCUGGAAGCCCAGCCUUGCGACAGCUCCGCCAAGCUCGUGUGCCCCACCACAUCAUCGGUGAACUCGACGGCGACAGCAUGCAGCGCGUGCUCAACACUUCGCAUGCAAGACUGGGCCGGUCGAUACAAGCUUACAGGCGAGAUCCGCUGGGGUCCUUCUGCCUUCUGCCAGAAUGAGUCAUUCGAUGGCUACAGCGUGUGGGCCAUUGACGCUUGUGGUGACAAGCUCGAGAGUCUGGGUUCCGUCAGGAAGAAGGAUGAAGAGAUCCCGGAGAUGUUGGAAUGCUGCCAUUCCUCGUGGUACUCGCUCUACAUGGACGACGCCACCUUGCCGGAGGCCACCGUGGGCUUUGUCCUCAUCGCUUCCCAGGGCUCCAAAGAGCUCCUCGGUCCGAUGCUGCCCCUCCUGCAAGGUAUCGAGGCCCGCGAGAUCAGCCUGCCAGUGGACUCGCAACCAGUGGGUGCGUACGUAGCCUUGGCUAUCUUGGGAUUCAUCUUCCUGGUCGUGAGCGCAGCCGCUGCCUGGUUCUGCCUGAAAUCUCGCCAGAGCAAGGAGGAGGACCACCCUGCCUUAUGGGUGGCACGGGAGCCUGUUGCGCCCGAAGUUCCCGAUGACCGAGAAGACAGGCCUCGCCCCUUCGAGGAUCGCCUCAAGUUGCAGACUGGUGUAGACACCAGUCGUGAGGCCAGAUAUGCAGGUGGCGCUGUGGGGCCUUACGGCGUGCACCGGGGUCAUCUUCCUCAUGGAGACCCAGGUUGGGCCGCCGAGUGGAUGGUUGAACUGCAACUGCCGGAUGUGGGUGUGGAUGAUGGCGCGCCUUGA